CCUCCCUCCGGAGCCCAGCCGCCUCUCUCUGCCCGCCGGGUCCGGGCUGCUCCGGGGCUCCCUCUGCCUGCCCUGCUCCCCCUUCUCUCUCUCUCUCUCUUUCUUUCUUUCCUCCGGGGAAAAGGGCCACUUUCUCCAGCCCUUGGGCUUCUUCCUCUCUGGCUCUUCUUUUCGGGGUCCCCCUUUGAUCGCCCCCCCCCCACCGCUCCCAUCAUCCCCAGCAGAGCCUCCUUUCCCUCUCGCUCCCAUCAUCCCCUGAGUGUGCUUCCCCACCGCCCUCCCUUCCAUCAUCCCCAGUUGCCUUUCCCUUCCCAUUCUCCCCGGGGCUUCCUCUUCUACUCCCGCUCCCAUCCUCCCCCGGAGCCCCUUCCCAGUGACUGCCGCUCCCAUCCUCCCGGGCUCCGGGCCCCGAUGAAGGCCGUCGGGGGCGGCGGGAGCGUGGCCUCGGAGGGCGAGGGGGCGUCGGAGGGGGCGGAGGCGGAGCGGGAGCCGCUGAACCCGGCGGGGGCCUCCUCCUCCUCCUCGGGCCUCUCGGCCACUUACCGGGAGUUCGUCCGCAGGAGCUACCUGGAGCUGAUGGGCGCCAACCAGCACUCGCUGCACGCGCUCAACUGGCGGCGCCUCUACCUCUCCCGGGCCAAGCUCAAGGCCUCCAGCCGCACCUCCGCCCUGCUCUCCGGCUUCGCCAUGGUGGCCAUGGUGGAGGUGCAACUUGAGGACUACGACUAUCCCCGAGAGCUGCUGGUUGCCUUCAGUGCCUGCACCACAGUCCUGGUGGCUGUCCACCUCUUUGCCCUCAUGGUCAGUACCUGCAUUCUGCCCCACAUUGAGGCUGUUAGCAACAUCCAUAACCUCAACUCUGUCAAUGAAUCUCCCCACGAACGCAUGCAUCACUAUAUUGAGCUGGCUUGGGGCUUCUCAACCGCUUUGGGAAUCUUCCUCUUUCUUACGGAAGUGGUGUUGAUCUGUUGGGUCAAAUUUAUGCCCAUUGGGCGCAUGGAUCCUGUUGGGAAGUGCUGCACCCCUGCGCCGGUUCUCACAAGUAACACCACUGCUUCAACCAUGGCCUCUCAGGACAAUUCUGGAUGGAAUGCCGCCAUGGCCUCUACUGUCAUCAUGGUUCCAGUUGGUGUGGUCUUCAUUAUAUUUGCCUUGCACUUCUACCGGUCCUUAGUGGGGCACAAGACAGACCGGCAUCAGCAAGAGUUGGAGGAACUCAACCAGAUCAAGUAUCAGUUGGAUGGAGAAGCCACAGCAUUGCAGGUGGUGUGAGGGGUUGGGUGACCUUUGCUUGAAAAAUACCAUAACAGGUGUAAGCACUUGCGGAUGAUUAUUUCUCCAGAGAAAGAAGUGAGGCCAUCUCACUCGUGUUGUGACUUUGUCUCGGUGAAGCAAUUGGUAUGACUGAGGCGAUUGGUAUGACUGGAGUGUAACAGAAAAGCUGCUGUGACUUUCUAGGUUUUUCUUCUUGUAACUUUCACAAAAUUCACUCAUGUUCCCCCUAAAAAAGUAAAAAAGUGUUGAAACACA